UUUUUUUUCCUCCUCGUGCGGUCACAUGACAGCGCACGUCAUAUCUUUGUAGUCGACUGUGCAGCCAUUUUGGGGAGGCUGUGGACCGUCGAGCCUGUAUGUGCCAUUAUUAGCCACCUAAAAAAAACACAAACAAAGAAACAAACGGAACAAACGUUGUGACGACACGUCGUUAAAUAUGGGCCCGCCGGGAGACAGAAAACUCCACAUGUCGACUGAAGAACUGAGGAUUUGAGCUGGAUUGUCGAUUUAUCUUGACAUGGCAUGCGGCAGGGCGAGCCGGAGGUUGUGACGACUGAAGAAAAAGGAGAGAAAGAAACAGCGCAGCAAACACCUCGAACUUCAGACGUGGAAAGGGGGGAGUUUGAUAUUUUUAUUUGUUUAGCUAACGAUUAUUUCGCCAUUCAGCCUUUGCCGUUGGUUGGCUGAAUUUAUUUUUUUUUAAUCAAUGAAGUUGUUGACAAGGCGCGACUGAAGCGGAUUAUAUUUAGCGAAAAUGCUGCAAACGAUCAGUGAGUGAAGCCUGUAGGUCUCUUAGACUCAGACAGCACUGGCAGUCGCAUUGAACAGCGGAGGGGGGUGAAAUGUAAACGCGUGAAAAGAUGACUGUGCGUUAAGGUCGGUGAUCACACAUAGGCCUCAAUUAAGCCAAUCGGUCAGAUGAUAAGAUGUAGCUAUAUCGCUGGCUCACUACUCGUUAGUGUCGGAAGUGAAUGUCUAGAUUAGCCUGCUAGCUCACCUUAGCUAGUGUGCUAAAAAUACGCCCACAUCAUGACUAUCGGCAGCAGCAGCAGCACGGGCACUGGGCCAAAUGAGUGGCAGUAAAAGUCACGGAAAUGUCAAGUUACUUCGCAGUAGUCUUCGAUGUUACCCGGUGCCAAUAUCUCCUGGCAUCUGUGUUUAUCUGCCAUCUUCGUCUGUAUCCCCAGUCCGUCUAUAACACGCACAUAACAGCGUCUGCACGGAAACAAAAAGACACAGCCAUGGAUGAGGGACUUUGAAAUGACCCAGAUGAUAGAAUAAUGUCUGCUUGCUGUAGUCCACAAUCUGAAUUGCAGGAAAAUACUAGCGGUAUGGGUUUUUGCAGCAGCGCUUUCUGCUGAUUUCAGUAACAUCUAUAGGAGAAAAGCUAAUCAUUUGAGUUGCUGUUUAAUUUAAAUCUCUGUUGCAGUCCCUCCAUGGCAGAUUGAAAAACAAAAAACACACAAAAAAACAACUCAUGGUCCUGAAAGUCAUGUCUUAAAACAUGGAUUUCUGAUCAAGCCUAAAGGAGAUGUAGUCUUAGCUUGUUGACCAUUCCCCCCCUCCUCAACACUGCCAUUUUUCCAAACCAAUUGAAAUGACUUAGUUUUCGUUCUGAUUUCAUGACCUUUUAAGUUUGUAGUUGGUAUAUUGAGGAUCUAGCCAAGAGUUUUGAUGCGUUGUUUCUGCAAAGGGUAGCCAGCUCAUCCUUUUUCAAACACAAAAGUAGAGAGUGUAGCCAAAAUAUACUGCACAAGAGGAGAAGACACUACCAUCAAAAUCUAACCAUGGGGGACCCAACUUCACGCAGAAAUCAAACAAGAAAUCGACUUCGAGCUCAGCUUCGGAAGAAAAGGGAAUCUUUGGCUGAUCAGUUUGACUUCAAGAUUUAUAUAGCCUUCGUUUUCAAAGAAAGGUUUAAGAAGUCAGCACUUUUUGAGGUUGCUGAAGUUGUGCCAGUGAUGACCAACAACUAAGAAAAUAUCCUACGAGGUGUGCGCGAUUCCAGCUACUCUCUUGAGAGUUCAAUAGAACUCCUGCAAAAAGACGUCGUGCAACUACACGCACCCCGAUACCAGUCAAUGCGAAGGGAUGUGAUAGCUUGCACCCAGGAAAUGGAUUUUAUCCUUUGGCCACGCAACGAUAUUGAGAAGAUUGUCUGUCUGCUGUUCUCCAGAUGGAAGGGGGGACUGAUGAUGAACCCUUUAGGGCCUGUUCAGGCCAAGUUUGAAUUUCAUCAUGGAGACUACGAGAAGCAGUGCUUGCAUGCUUUGGGUCGUAAAGACAAAGCUGGAAUGGUCAUGAACAACCCAACUCAGUCUGUAUUCUUUAUGGAUAGACAGCACUUACAGACUCCUAAAACCAAGGCCACAGUUUUUCAAGUUGUGCAGCCUCUCUGCCUGUACUUGCCCCAGGACCAGCUGACCUGCUGGGGUGUGGGAGACAUCGAGGACCACCUUCGCCCUUACAUGCCUGAUUAAGGCUUCUUGCUCCACCCAGCCACACGGGGGAAAAAAGCCUUUCCCCUUCCUCUGCCUAAGCCUUCAGAAGCAAAUUGAUGUACUCAUCUCCAUCCUUUUUCCCUUUAAGAUGUGAACUUAUGCUUGGAUCUCCUUUUUGUUUCUACUUGUUCUACCUUCCCUGACCUGAAGCUGAUUGAGUUCCCAUCCUUCAUUUUGUUUUGUUUUGUUUUUUUUUCCCCCACCUCAUGCUCCCAGUGUGCCCCAACCUCUUCUCCCUGCCAUUUUUUGGAUUUAUCUCCCACUUAUGUUUUUUGUUUUUUUUUUUUUUUCACUUUCCUCUUCAUUCCCUCCUUCUCACUCACCCAUUUUGUUCAUUUGAACCUGCACGAACAUUGAUUUUGAGUGGUUGGUUGUUCUCUUGGAGCUGCACUGUCAACAGCACCGGUCAUUGAAGGAACUCUUUAUGUUGCAUCAGAACAGGAACAAACAAUACACAGGUCAUCACGGUGGUUCUCAGAUGGACGUGUUUUAUAUCCUUGUUGUCAUAAGAAAGGAUUGUUAAAGCUUGUUUGUAAUGUCAUGGAGAUGUCUAGAACAACUUUACACAAUCUUUUGACCAAGGACAGGUGUGAAGAGGUGUUUUCUAAACACCUGUGUAAGCAAAGAGAUAACGAGAUGAACGGUAUUUGUCAAAUCAUAUGGUGUAGGUAUUGCUUCUUAUAAACCGCCUUAGUUAUUUUGCUGGACUUUAAAAAUGUUUUGGUGUCAUUUGCUUUCCUCUGAAACAUGCUAGGCAGGCCUUCGCUAAAACUUUGAGUGACUUGAAGUUGGUUAGAUGUUGAGGGUCACGUUCACUGUUCAAGCACUAUUCAUUUAAGCUACUGAAAUCUGACGUUUUUAUAUUUUGUUUUAUUGGGGAUGUGGGUUGGUGAGAAACUGAAAUGGUGACAUUUUGUUUAACACACCUAACAAAAGUUGCUGAAAGCUGAUUUUUUUUUUUUUUUUUUUUAAUUUGACCUACUAAAAUUGAGAAUUUGCUGCCAUGCUCAUCAAAUUAAAUUGGGUUUUGCAGGCUUGCUUGUCAAAAAAUAAUAAGCACAUAUAAUUUGCUCCUUGUUGAUUCAGUGUGUUCACUUUAAAGGAUAUAAGGCGUGUAACUUCUGGAAUUUCUUUCUCUGUUGGUUCUCAAAUCAAUACUGCUGAGCAUAUCCUAAUACAGUGCAAAUUCUGAAAGCAUCA